CUCAUAUUUGCUGUGUAAUAUUUGUGGCAGCGAGGCCGGUGUCUGACGGACAACUGAGAAGGAAAGAUUCGAGAAAUAUACUUCUGUUAACCAGCUUCCCGUUUAUUAGUCAGGUGGUAUUUAGAAAAUGGAAUAUUUAAUCGGAAUUCAGGGGCCUGACUUUGUCUUGGUUGCAGCUGAUAACGUUGCAGCCAGCAGCAUAAUUCAGAUGAAACACGACUAUGACAAAAUGUUCAAGCUGAGUGAGAAGAUUCUGCUGCUGUGUGUGGGGGAGGCAGGAGACACGGUGCAGUUCGCCGAGUACAUACAGAAGAACGUACAGCUCUACAAGAUGAGGAAUGGUUAUGAGCUGAGUCCCGCGGCCGCCGCUAACUUCACUCGCAAGAAUCUUGCAGACUACCUUCGUAGUCGGACCCCCUACCAUGUGAACCUGCUGCUGGCCGGCUUUGAUGAAACUGAUGGGCCUGGUCUUUACUACAUGGACUACCUUGCAGCCCUGGCCAAGGCACCCUUCGCUGCCCAUGGCUAUGGAGCCUUCCUGACCCUCUCCAUCCUGGACCGGUACUACAGACCUGAUCUGACCCGUGAGGAGGCCGUGGAGCUGCUGAAGAAGUGUCUGGAGGAGCUGAAUAAGCGCUUCAUCCUGAAUCUCCCCUCCUUCAGUGUCCGUCUGAUUGACAAGGAGGGCAUCCACGAUCUGGAGAGGCUGCCAUUGGCCUCUAAGUAAUUUUGUCCUUGACCCCUGAAGCCCUGCUUUUUAUACUGGAGAUCUGUGCCCUUCUUUUCCCAAUAAACCUUCUACACUCUUAA